AUGGUUUACCGACAGCCAUCCAAAGUUGGUUGGGGUCAUGCCCUUGCCGUUUUCGAACCGGGAACACGCCAUUCGUUUGCUAUGGCCUCUGGACGUGAUAUUGCCAAUCCGACAGCUAUUCUUCUGGCAAGUGCCGAGAUGUUACGUCACUUGAAUCUGGUCGAAUAUGCCAAAGCGGUUGAAUCGGCCAUUCUGCAGGUGAUCCACGAAGGCAAAGUACGGACACCCGACAUCGGUGGUUGUUCGACCACAACUGAAUUCACGGAUGCUGUACUCCGGCGUCUUCGAUCGUUGGCUACGCGUUGA